UGGUUUUCGUGUCAUCAAAGAUGAAGUCGUCCGCGUUUCUGUACAUCCAAGUCAGCUAUUUCAUUUACGUACAGUCCUACGAUCAGUUGGUGAGGCCCGGAGUUACGGAGGCUGUGAGUAGUUCUGUAGGAUGGGGAGGGUAUCCAAACAAGACAGUGGACGGAGACAGGAGACAAAGGCCUUACACGUACUGCAUGCACACAGCAGGCGGAAAAACAGAGGCGUGGCUCAGAGUUGACUUAGGAGGGAUCUACAAUCUGAAAUCGGUUAAACUAUGGUAUAGAAACACUGAUCCAGGACGUAAUACAGAGAGAUUACGGGGAUUUUCCAUCCGCCUGACAAACACGAUUACAUCUGUCUUCAGUGACAUCUGUUACCAGGAUCCUGGAAACCAAACUCUGCCUGCCGUGUUAGAGAUAGAUUGCCGGGGAGCGGCCCGAUAUGUUUGGUUCUAUACAAAGAAAGACAAUAACGGUGGGGUGUUUCUUGAAAUUUGUGAAGUGGAGAUAUACGGAUGUCCAGAAAAACAUUUCGGCGAAAAGUGUAUCAGAUGCGAUGACUGUGGAGGCCGUUGUGACGAAAUAAGUGGACAGUGUCAGUGUUUAAAACCAGGCUACCAACCCCCUGCCUGCAAUAAGGCCUGCGAGAAAGGAUUAUACGGAUCAAACUGUGUUGGUUCAUGUGGACAUUGUCAGGGAAACAAGGCAUGUGAGCACGUUAAUGGUUCAUGUCGUAAUGGCCAUUGCGAACCAGGCUGGAAACAUACAAAUGAAUGGAAAUGUAACCAAGAGUGUGAUGACGGACAUUAUGGACUCUACUGCCUGAAUAAUUGUAGUGGUCACUGCGCUGACGGACUACCCUGUAAGAAGAGAGACGGUGUGUGUCCCGGUGGGUGUAAAGAUGGGUGGACAAAUCCCUCCUGCAAUAAAAAAUGCAAACAAGGAUUCUACGGCAGAAAUUGUAGUCAGGAAUGUGGACAUUGCGCAGGAAACAAAACAUGCAAUCCCGUGAAUGGUUUCUGUCCAGGAUCUUGUCAACCAGGAUGGCAGCAAACACUUGAUCGGAAAUGCAACCAAGAUCAGUUGGUCAGGCCCAGAGUUACGGAGGCUGUGAGUAGUUCUGUAGAAUGGGGAGGAUAUCCAAACAAGACAGUGGACGGAGACAAGACACAGAAUCCUUACACGUACUGCAUGCACACAGCACCCGGACAAAGAGAGGCGUGGCUCAGAGUUGACUUAGGAGAUAUCUAUAAUUUGAAAUCUGUUAAGAUAUGGUAUAGAAACGACAGGCCAUCAGAUACUACAAAGAGAUUACAGGGAUUCUCCAUCCGUCUGUCAAACACGACUACACCUGUCCCCAGUGACACCUGUUACCAGGAUCCUGGAAAUCAAACUCUGUCUGUCGUGUUGGAGAGAGAAUGCCGGGGAGCGGCCCAAUAUGUUUGGUUCUAUACAAACAGAGACAAUGGCGGUGGGGUGUUCCUUGAAAUAUGCGAGGUGGAGGUUUUCGGAUGCCAGUCUUCCUAUUACGGUAGAAAUUGUUCAGAAAGAUGUGGCCCUUGCGGAGGCAAGACACGUUGUGAUAACAUCAACGGAUCCUGCCCUGGAUCAUGUGAACCUGGAUAUAAAGGACCAAAAUGUAAAACAAUCUGUGAGAAAGGAUUCUACGGCCCUAACUGUACUCGUGGCUGUGGACAUUGUAAACGGAAGGCUAAAUGUGAUCAUGUGAAUGGUUCUUGUCCUUCACGAAAGUGUAAACCCGGAUGGAAGCAGACAUCAGAUCGGAAAUGUGAUCAAGCCUGUGAGAAAGGAUUCUACGGCCCUAACUGUACCCGUGGCUGUGGACAUUGUAAAGGGAAGGCUAAAUGUGAUCACGUGAAUGGUGCUUGUCCGUCACGAGAGUGUAAACCUGGAUGGAAGCAGACAUCAGAUCGGAAAUGUGACCAAGGAACGUGUAUGCAAUAA